AUGAGAGAGGGACUGCCAUGCAUAAAGCUGAUCAUAUUUCUCUUUUUCUUUAAGGAUGGAGAAGACUUUGAAUUUGUAACAGCUAAAAGUGCUGAGAAUCCUCCAGAGCAAGAAGCACUGCCUCCAGUUGCUUACUAUAAUGAACAGGCAAUAGGAAUUCCAGUGGUUUAUGAUUAUCAAGCAGUAGAUUAUUAUGACUGGAAAAAACUUGGACAAGGAGGAUUUGGAACUGUGUAUAAGGCAAAACAUCGAGAGACCCACUACCCUGUGGCUAUAAAGAUCACAGAAAUCCAAAAGAGAUACACUGAAGAAAUCAAAGAACUAGAGGAGGUGUAUCUGAUGCAGACAGUCUCUGGACACAAAAAUACUGUGGAAUAUUACGGUUCCAUGAUCAAUGUCACUCCAGAGUCAAGCCAGUUAUGGUGCAUUAUGGAAUAUUGUUGUGGCGGAUCCCUAUAUGACCUGCAGAAAAUGUACAGAUCCCUCCCAGAGUAUGCAAUUCAGUAUAUAUCUAGAGAAGUGCUAGAGGGCUUGAACUACCUACAUGAGAAAUGUAUUGUGCACCGUGAUAUCAAAUGCAUGAAUAUCACGCUAACCUAUCCAGCUAAAGUUAAGAUAAUUGAUUUCGGGCUGGCUGUGCAGUUAAGAAGCCCAGAUGACAUUACAAGUGGUACCUGUGGAACAACCUGUUGGAUGGCGCCAGAAGUUAUUGCCUGCAAAUACUAUCGAAAUUGCACAUAUGGCUUAAAGUGUGAUAUCUGGUCGUUUGGCAUUACCGCCAUAGAGAUGGCAGAAGGACAGCCACCUUACUAUCACGCGUUUGAUCCAGCGGCCCUCAUUUACACCUAUGAGGCGCCCACACUAUUUGAACGAAACUAUUGGUGA